GAGACAAAAACACGAGAAGAGAAAAAUUGUAAAAGGGACAAAAUUAUCGCUGAAUUGUCUUUAUUAUUAUGAAUACUUGCUAUGUUAUUACAUUUACAUAACUAUCUUAUUUGAUCAUGAAGAAACAGAGUAAAGAAAUCAACUUCAGUAUACCAAAGAUAAAACCUGUGAAAUGGAAAGAUAAUCUACGAGAGGUUGAAUUAACUAGUCGAGAUGCUAUAGAUGUAAUGAAUAUAGUUGAUCAUCAAGCUAUGAAUCAUUCGUUUAAAGAAGAUUGGACCACAGGAAAGAUAUCAUUAGUAGAAAAUAGUACACUAGAAGCUGAGUAUAGAGAAAAGAGAAAAGAUUUGAAGGAAAAUGGCCGAAAUACAAGAGAACUCACAGAACAUUAUGGAUUUCUAUAUGUCAAAGACCAAUAUUUAGUAGCUAAAAUGGUCAAAGAAGGUUUAAAAACAAAGAAAUCCGCCUUCAAUCCAAUAGGAGAUAACGAAUUUGGUAUCUAUGUUUGUAAGCAUCCAGAUGUACAGCUAAAAUUACCUGUUGGUAAGAAAGAAGAAAAUGCAUAUAUUAUAGUAUUUAAGCUGCUACUGGGUCGAUGUAAAGCUGUUCAACCUCAACAGAAUGUGACUGGUGAACCUGUACCUAAUUAUGAUUCAUGUAGUAGUUCACUUAUAGCGCAAUCAUGUGAUCCUCAUAAUAUUCUCUUCGCCAGAACUCAGAUUUUUCUCUACGAGUAUUCAGAUGAUGCAUUACCAAUGAAUAGACCAAGACAUUGUCUUCCGUACGCUGUCGUAAAAUUUGUAAACAAAACAAACAAACCAAAGUCCUCGCCCUCGGCUAUUUCUAGCAUUUUCUCCAUUACAUCCUCUCCUGCUGUCGUACAUCGAAGAUUAUCCUCUGAUUCUACACCAGGAUAUAAACCAGGAACUUACGGUGCUAGAAACCGAGCACUUCAGAGAAACAGUUUAGAUAGACCACCGAUUCUUGCCAACCCCAUAUCCCCACCUGUUAUGAAUAUAAACCGUAAUAUAGAUAACCCUAGUGCCAUGAACAGAUUCCCGUUUCCAAACCAAGCUGGUUUAUAUGAAAAUAGACCAGCUUUUUAUCCUAGCACCAGCAGUAAUUCCAUCAUUUCUAAAGAAGGCUUCACUGUAUCUACAAGUCCAUCUGACCAUUUGGAAAAACAGAAUCGCUAUGGUAACAUGGAGGAAGUGAGUAACCUAGAUAGAGGUAAUAAUGGAGAUCAAGUUAGUAAUAUAGAUGGAGCCAACGAUCAACAAUACCAAGGUGAAGCAACCGCAAAUAAACCAGAUCAGAAUGCAUCCACCAACAGACCCCUUAAUCCUUUGAUGCGCAAGAAAAAGAAAGUUGGGGCUACUGUUAGUGACCCACGAUUGUUUACUCCAAUGAGACGUAAUAAUUUAGUGAUAGAAAGAUUAGAUUAUCCAACAGCGGACGUAGUAAAUGCAGUGUACCCUGUAGCACCAGUUAUAAAAACACCAGAACCUGUCCCACCACCACCACCAGUAGAAGAGGAAAAUAAACCCAUUGAUAAUAAAGCUGAUAUGCAGAAAAUGUUAGAGACUGUUAAUAAGAUAUUUGGUAAAGUUCCUGUAUCUGAUGAAACCAUGGAUACCAGUUUUGAAACGGAUUCUAAUUUUGAUGAUGAUGAUGAAAAUAUCAAAUUUAUCAAAGGUCCCCAUACCGGUUAUGAUUUAUCAGAUUAUGAACCGAGUCCAAAAAGUAAGUUUUAUACAACCGACGAUAGUAGUGUCAACAACCAGUCAGACCAAGACAUGGACACUGAUAAACCUAGAGCUCAAAACUCACCUCAAAGCAAACCAAAAGAAAUUGGAUACGUUCAAGAUUUAGCUGUCCAGUUGCAAUCUAUGGGGGAUUUGAAGGACGUAUUAUCUAAAUUUAAUUUUGGAAAUGAUACGGACCAACAAUCUCAACAAAAUUACAACCCAGAUAAAAAAAUUGAAAGAAGUUUUAGUGAAGAUUAUCCAAGAGGGCAAUAUUCUGCUGAUAAUUCUACUUCUAGACGAUAUAGUUGUGAAAUGGGUGAAGUUGCUGAUAAACUCAUCGAUAGAUACAGCCAAUUAGGAGGUGGGUUUUAUACGAACAAUAAUUAUGAUAGUGACCAAGAUAAACUUCCCAAGAAUUUAGAAAACUUUAAAAUACCAGGUCUGAAUAGUCCUGGCAAAUGGAUAAAUCCUCUGAGCAGAGAUCAUAUCACUAAUUGUUUCGGAGAUAAAGAUUAUCGUAAAAAACCCUUUGGAAUGCCGAACGACGGAGCACAGAUUUCCCAAACAUCAACUAAUCAGCAUCGAGGUAAUGUAGAUAAUAGAAGUGGUUAUUUUAAAUCGCAGGAUUCAUAUAAAUCAUCGUCGUCGUACCCCAACUCGGACCUGCCCAAUUACACCCAGACGUCUAACGACAAUCGCUAUAACGUCAAACAGAACUUGAAUCAAAAAUUAAUGGCUACUGAUGUACCCCUUAGAAACAAUAAAACGAAUGUGUCUGUCAUGGAAUGUUAUUCAACGGCACAAUACAAUGUGAAGUCAACCCCAACAUCAUAUGUGACACCAUCUUCAUCUAAAUUUGGCGACCCUCAACUUAAAUGUAAGGAGCAGGACGGUGAUAUAAGUACUGCUGAUGGUUUUAGCUCAGAUAAAAAUGAUUUAGUAACUGAUCUGAAGUCAGAUAAAGAAGAACCUAAACCUCUAGAAGAAAAACUGUUUCAAGAUCCGAAAGUUAUUCUUUUAGAUCUGGGUAGGAUGAGUGAAAUAAUGGAGAGCGAGUGUGACGUAUGUAAGAAACAACAAGAUUUAAUUAUUUCUAAUGUUCCUGAAAGUAAAUCUAAUGAUGUGCGAAAUUAUCUCAAAGAUAAAGACAUCCAGAUGAAAUCUCCACUAAUAACCAAAACAACUGAUCUACCGGAAGAACCCCCUGUAAUUGAUUCUCAUCUUCUUCAGAAUGUUAAAGAUAUCUUAGAUAAGUUUAAUGUUAGUGGCUUGAGUGGACCUCAAGUUACUCAGUCUACUGAAGUUGUUAGUUCUAGAGACACUCAAUCUCCACUACCUAAUCAAUCACUUCUUCCUUCUCAACCCCCAUUCUCCUCUCAAUCAACAAUAUCUACUCAAGCUCCAUUCACUAAACAACUUCCGCUCCUUACUCCUCAAUCAACAAUUUCUAUUCAAUCACCCAUUUCUAUUCAAUCACCAAUCCCCACUCCAUCACCAAUAUCUAUUCAAUCACCACUUUCUACUCAAUCCCCAUUCCCCACCCCAUCACCAAUCUCUAUUCAAUCACCACUUCCUUCUCAAUCCCAAUUCCCCAUUCCAUCACCAAUAUCACCAUUCUCUACACAGUAUCCACUUACUACUCCAUCACCACUCACUACUCAAUCACCACUCACUACUCAAUCACCACUCAUUAUUCAAUCACCACUCAUUACUCAAUCACCACUCACUACUCAAUCACCACUCUCUAAUCAAUCACUACUCCCUACUAAUUCCCUAUUUCAUACUCAAUCACCACUCCCAUCACCAAUCUCAACUCUGUCGCCACUCUGUACCCAGUCACCAGUCUCAACUCAAUCAAAACUCCCUACCCCAUCACCAGUCUCAACUCUAUCACCACUGUGUACCCAUUCACCAAUCCCAACUCAGUCUCCACUCUCUACGCCCUCUCCAUUUAUUACUCAGUCACUACUUUCUACUGUGUAUCCUCUACCAACUCCAUGUCUUGAACCUGUGUUAAAAAGUUCUGCGCCAAGUAGCGGCAGCUUGUCUUCAAAUGAAGUAAUCAGGGACAAUCAUAAUUAUUUACCAUCAGUCACUGGAUUGGAACCUCUCAUAACGUACCCAAUAAAAAGACAUUCUUCUCAAUUACAAUAUCCAUUUGUUAAACGUUUCAAAAGUGAUCAUCCAGUAGAUUCUGUUGAACACUCGGCCGAAACUGAUGCUAAAGUUAGUGAUUUAAACUCGCAAUAUAUUCCUUUUAUAUCGUACCCUGUGUCUGCUUCCACACCAACAUACGGGAGUACAGCGGAUAAGAAUGUGUACAAAACGGAACCCUCUGUAAAUCCUAAAAAGGCAAUCGGUCGUGUUUUCAAAGAUUCAGCAGCUUCAUCAACAAGUUCAAAGUGGACGCAAUGGCAUCAGUAUAUUGCCCAAACAAAGACAUCUGCUGAGAGAAACGCGCAAAAUAGUUUGAAUACAUCAGACAGCCGCUUGGAACAAAAUGAAAACAAAGAGGGUAAAACGGAACAAAGUAAGGAUGCACCUCAACCUAAUAGACAUUUUGGAGCCGAAUUAGUGACACAGUCAUCUGAAAAGGGAACUGAACCACCAGUCAAAAAUUCAGAAAUCCAGAAGAACUCUGUUGCUACCCACAAAACAUCAAACAUAGAUUCUAGUCCUCUGUCUAAACAUAGUGCUUUAAAUAAACCACAAGAAAUACAGCAAGAAAAUGGCACUGAAACUCUCGUGAAUAAAACUAGUCUAAUUAAAGAAAUCAAAAUUAUUCAAAACCUCUUGGAAAGACUUUCUAAAACAUCCAAAUCAGACUUUGUGAAAAUGACGUGGGAGCUUCCUGCAGGUAAAUCAUUUUCUAAAGAUGAUAUUACGCAAUCUACACUCAAAACUGCUUUAUUGGAAGUUGAGGGAGAACUUAUCAUGGGAUUACAUAGUAAAUAUUUCAUGUAUAGACCUAAUGAACGAAUCCCAAGUCCUGUAUUGUUUGAUCAUGAAGUUAAAUGUGUGUAUGCUACUGGUGGCUGUUUUCUUUAUCUCAAUACUUUUAUGUCUCAACGACUGUUUCAGUCUUUAUUACAAAUGAAGAAAAAGAUAUUGGAUGUUUAUUCCGAAAAACAGAAGGUCACAACUUCAAGUUCUAAAGUCGAAUCGUUGAAUGAUCAUUUGGAUGCUUUGUUAACCAAGAGAAAAUUACUACUACGAACACUCACUGGUUCGGUUAAAGAAGGACGGUUAAGACAAUUAGAAAAAUCUAGAUGCCAUUUUCUUAUGUCUAUUGAGUAUAUGAAAAAAACUCUACAAGAUAAGGACACAUCCAAGAUGUCUUAUCUUCAUAAUUUAUUAUCAGCUCUCAAUGAACAUGCUUUAAUUGUACAAAGUGAGUUGGAAAGUCGUUAGAAUAACUGCCAACUGUUUAUAUAUAUGUCUAUACUUUUAACAAAUCUUUUCUUGUUGUGUAAGGUGGGUGGGUGGGAUGGCUGAAUGGUUAGCGCAUGUGGUUGUAUCAAGGUCGGUCAUUGAGUCAACUGGUGGGGUUUCAAUUUCCAAGUUGUACAUAACAAGAAGUAGGGUCGCCUUUCCAACCUCGUGGGUUUUGUCUGGGUCCUCCAGUUUCCUCCUACUGCUAAAGACCCCUUUGCGUAAGGGAAUUAUUGAAAUAAAAUUGAACCAUAUGUUAGUCCCGAAAUAACCUAGUUUGUGUUGAGUGGGAGUUAAACCCCAUUUCUCUCUCUCACUUGUUAUGUAAGAUUUAAAGAAAGAGCGGGCUGUAAUAGUUCAACAAUAGGUAAUGAAAAAUGAAUAAAUUGAUAAUUUCAGUCGCACUGCUUUAAUCUGCACAUGUGAAGUUUUGACAAGAAAGUAGCGUAAGCAGUCUCGAUUGUCAAUUACCAUUGCUACGAUAAUAAACAAAGUCUCCAUUUUACCAUAGAUAUGGCAGACAUUGUUGUCUAAUCAACUCAAUAUCCCAGCCAUCUGAUGGUCUAGAGAGUUGAUUAUGGCCUUGUCCUGUGAAUAAAUGUUUUAAAAAUAAUUUUUAUAACAUUUGAAGCUAGAAAAAAAAUCUGCAGUGGGCAGAUUUAGCUCUUGCAUAAUCCAUCUUAGUAGUCCCAGAAACUGAUUGACCAUACAAUUCUAUUAAAAUACAACUAAUGGAUCAGCUGAGAAGCCAAAAUACAUCAAGCUUUAUUUUAUUUUCUAUCCCGCCCCCCAUCCUUUAAUGUAGCCAGAGCUUACUGAGGUAGAUAUUCUGUUUGCUCUUAUGAGUGCUAUUAAAGAAAUCCAAUUCUGUAUGUUUUCAACAAUGUCUAAAACUCAGUCCUUCAUGUUUAUAAAAUUGUGCGGGAGUCAUAAAAAGCUCCUGAUACCUUGAAUAUAUGCAGUUUAAAAGUGAACAAAAACUGAAAGUAGUUUAUUAAUCUCAAUAUUUAAGGGAUUUAGCUAAUUUGCAGGAGUUUUUAAUGACUCCUUCGAAAGACAGCCGACGUGCGUCGAGAGGAGCAGGAGCAAAGCUCCCCUUAAACGUGAAGGACUGAAAACUUGAUGUAUGAAAGUUUACAUAUAUUUAUGUAAUGUUAAAUUGUUUAAAACUUUUGAUGCCUAUGUUUUAUAUAGGACAAUGUUACGUACAAUUACAUAUCAAAAUGAAGAGCAACUCACUCUUCUCAAAUAUUUAAUUGAAGGAUUAAUAAUAAUAUUAAUUGGAAACCAAAAUUUGAACUUUGGAAAUCCAGUGAAAUGAUAUGUUUAGUUAACCUAAAGAAGCUGUGUUGAAUGAUGUAUUAUAGUUAGAUAUAUACUAAUGUCUAAAAGAAAGUAUACACUGUGCAUUUUGUGCUGCAUCAACCAAGGUCGUUUUUCCAUGCUAUACGGUAUUUGGGUAGAAUGUCAAUUUUUUUCACAUUUUUAUUUUGCCUAGAAAUGUUGAGUUUGGACGCAAGAGAAAAAAACAAAGAUUUGCUUUAUCAAAUGUUUUUAAUCUAAACAAAACUUAGUCAUACUUUUAGUGUAUAUACUUUCUUUUGGACAUCAGUAUAUGUAGAAUUUGUUCUGUUUGUACAAUAUAUAGUAUGGUGUGAAUGCCAAGCCAAAUGUAUCCAUAGAUAGUUUACAACACAAUCUGAUUAAAACACAGAUCCUAUUUUCUUUUGUUUUCUUAUAGUUCAGAAUAUUGUUUUACUUGUCUUUACUACGCUAGGAUCUGGAAGAGUUGUUAUAUAACCUUCGUUCUUGAUGGUGUGAGGGAUAUUAGUCAGUGAAACCAUCUGUUACGGCAACUUGUUGGUGUGCAAUGCACGGAACUGUGGGUAAAACCACUAGAAACGUCAAGCUGAUUGAUUAAUCAUAGGGUCGAAAGCCUCUCCUAUGACCCCUGACGCGACCUCCCAAUACAACUGGUCAAUGAAACCAUAUGUUACGGCAACUUGUUGGCGUGCAAUGCACUGAACUGUGGGUAAACCACUAGAAACGUCAACGCUGAUUGAUUAAUUAAUCAUAGGGUCGAAAGCCUCUCCUACGGCCCUUGACGCGACCUCCCAAUACAACUGCUCAGAUCUUCAUGUAGUGUAGGCCAUCGAAUGUAUAAAAUAUACGAAACGAAAUAUAAAUCUGUAUUUUAUUCAGAUUGAGAUAAUUUAUAUUAUAUAUAUAUAUAUAUAUGUGUGUGAUUAAUUAUGUACUAUGUACAUUUCUGUAAGAAAGAGUUUUACUUAGUUGUUAACUUGAGGAUAUUUCAUUAUUCAGUAUUAGAGGAAAUUUAAUCAUGAACAAUUUAUUAAUUAAUUUGGUUAUAAAUAUAAAACCUACUGUGAUUUAUAGACAAUAAGCCAAUUUUGCAAGAAAAUUAUUAAAAAUAAAGUCCUUUGACCAUUGUGAAAAAAGUUUAAAAGCACCCCUGCAAAACCUUAAUUUGAUGAGGGAGUAUAUUGCUGAUGGUUCUGUCAACAUGCGUUUUAAAAUAACGUCCUACUUUUCUGCACCAACUGGGAUAAUGAUAAUGAAGUUGGCAGACUUUUUAAGAUGAAGUUAUUGUGGUUGUGACUUAAUUACAUAACACUAUACUGUCUUUCGUUCUUCAUUUUAUGUUUAUAUUAAUCCUAUCUUCGGCCAUUUGUUGCAUGAUCUUAGUUCAAGUAAGAUAUACCCUUAAUAAAAAAAUUAUAUUAUGUUAA